UAGCGUGGUGACAUCACGACGCAAAGCCCUUGCGUGGUGACGUCACCACGCUGUCCCCCCUGCCUCCCUCUCCCCCGUCGCGUGCAAAGUUCGAUCCGAGAGGCAGAGAGAGAGAGGCGAUGGCGUCCUUGGGAGAAGCGGACACCUCGUCGGGUGUGGUGAAGUACUUCUCGCUGGACGAAGUGAAGAAGCACAACUCGUGCAGGACCACCUGGGUCGUCAUCCACCACAAAGUCUACGACCUCACCAAGUUCCUCGAGGAGCACCCCGGUGGUGAGGAGGUGCUGCUAGAGCAGGCCGGCUCGGACGCUACGGAGAGCUUUGAGGACGUUGGUCACUCAAGCGACGCUCGCGAGCUCUCUGCACGCUACCUCAUCGGGGAGGUCCACCCGGACGACAGGAAAAUUGAAGAUGAGGACGUUCUGACCACCACCACCACCACCACCUCGGACUCCAACCAGAGCUCCUGGACGUCCUUGCUGGUGCCGGCUGCCGUAGCCCUGCUGGUGGCUCUCGCCUACAACGUCUACUCGUCUAGUACCACCGCCGACCCACUAGGCCCACCGCCUACCCACUAGGCCCACCGCCUACCCACAAGGACCACCGCCGACCCACUAGGCCCACCGCCUACCCACUAGGACCACCGCCUACCCACUCGGCCCACCGCCUACCCACUAGGCCCACCGCCGACCCACUAGGCCCACCGCCUACCCACUAGGCCCACCGCCUACCCACUAGGCCCACCGCCUACCCACUAGGACCACCGCCUACCCACUAGGACCACCGCCUACCCACAAGGACCACCGCCUACCCACUAGGCCCACCGCCUACCCACUAGGACCACCGCCCUCCCACUCGGCCCACCGCCUACCCACUAGGACCACCGCCUACCCACUAGGCCCACCGCCUACCCACUAGGCCCACCGCCGACCCACUAGGCCCACCGCCUACCCACUAGGUCCACCGCCUACCCACAAGGACCACCGCCGACCCACUAGGCCCACCGCCUACCCACUAGGCCCACCGCCUACCCACUAGGACCACCGCCUACCCACAAGGACCACCGCCUACCCACUAGGCCCACCGCCUACCCACAAGGACCACCGCCUACCCACUAGGCCCACCGCCUACCCACUAGGACCACCGCCUACCCACUCGGCCCACCGCCUACCCACUAGGACCACCGCCUACCCACUAGGCCCACCGCCUACCCACUAGGCCCACCGCCGACCCACUAGGCCCACCGCCUACCCACUAGGUCCACCGCCUACCCACAAGGACCACCGCCGACCCACUAGGCCCACCGCCUACCCACUAGGCCCACCGCCUACCCACUAGGCCCACCGCCUACCCACUAGGACCACCGCCUACCCACUAGGACCACCGCCUACCCACAAGGACCACCGCCUACCCACUAGGCCCACCGCCUACCCACAAGGACCACUGCCUACCCACUAGGCCUACCGCCUACCCACAAGGACCACCGCCUACCCACUAGGCCCACCGCCUACCCACUAGGCCCACCGCCUACCCACUAGGACCACCGCCUAUCCACAAGGACCACCGCCUACCCACAAUCCCCUCUGCCUACCCACAAGCCCAGCAUCCUCCACGUCUAACCAGGCUCUCGACUACCCAGAAUCCUCUAUUUUACCCAGGAGGCUUUGCUGCUAAUCGCCCGGGGAGGUUUGUCCGCCCAGUUAGCCUCUGCCGCCGACCCACGAUCCCCUCCGUCCGUCGUCCACACGAGCCUCCGUUUACACCCCGAAGUACUUUGCCUCUGCCUCGACGGAUACUCGGGGAAUUAUCUGCCGAACCCAGAGGCCUUUCCAAUUUUCCCAGGAGCCUUUGCGUCUUCCCAUAACCCUCUCUCGCCUACCUAACAAUCCCCCGGGUUUUUUUUUUAUCGUCCAGAGUUUUGUAUCUGCCUACCCCAGAAGAGUCGACUCUUACCCAGAACCCCUUGCAACUUUCCCAGAAUCUUCUCUGCCCUCCCACGAGCCCCUCUGUGCACCCAGGAUGGGCCUCCCUUGUGCUUUUUAUUCCGUGUGUGACCGGGAAUGGAACUCGGGACGCCGGGGAUCGUAGCGCAGCGCGCUAACCGCUGCACCACCGCUCCCCGUCGCCAUCGCUACCUCCAUGAUCACCACCAUCGCUACCCACCAUCGCUAUCGCCGUUAUUGCGGUGCUGGACACCCACUGCGAGCGGGUAGGUGAAUUGGUGGGUGGGUGGGUGAGUGAAUGGAUGAGUGAAUGAACGAGUGGGCGAGUGAAGGA